CUUUACCAUGCAGUGCGCCGGCAAGCAAACCUUCUGUUCUCACAUACCGUCGAUAAGCAAGUCUACUCACGUACCGCUGAGAGGAUGCUCCCGGAGCAAUGGCCGUCUUGGAGAUCACGCCUGCGGAACGAAUACGCGAGCUCAACGACAUCAGUGCAAGCCUCACUGAGACGCUGAGACACAUGAGCCAAGCGAUCAAUGCUCUCUCUCCCACCGCGCCAAACCAAGAGAACAGUGUCGACGCACGCACGGAAGUGUUUGAUGAGCAUUCGCGAGCGGCAUAUGUGGGUAUCCAAGCAUUCAAUGCCAAGAUGAAGAGGCAGGCUUAUGCCCUCGAGGAGGCAGGCAUUAUCGCCGCAGAAGCGCCCACCAUCGUGACGGUGAACCCACUGCAACGGGAAAUCUCUAAUGCUUCAAGCACAGCUGGGGUAGAGAAGAUCACGAACGGUGGGCUCGGCAACUUUGAUGUCGGUUGGCUUAACAGCAGAGGCAACAAGGUUGGCAUGGAGAAGGAGGCCGAGCUGAUGCAGGAGGCCAGAGGAUUGCUCGAAACAGAGCUGAAGAAAAGAGGGGAUGGUGCAGUGGUGGAAUGAGGCCGAGGAGGCGUGACAGAUAUCGCACGUCUACCCUGAAACGCGUCUUGCAGUCAGCCUGCGCGAACGGCUACAAAAAACCAGUGCGUGCUAUGCGUCAACAGGCUCGACGGUCGUCGAGGCAGACCUGAACUCUGGGCGAACUCAAUACUUCAUACUUGAACGUUGGUAUUACGUGCAGACAUCGCCACUGUUCCAGGGUACACCUAACGAAUUACGGCAAUCUAAUCGUUAGUGCAAGCAAUGUUCAGAUCUAUCAAUUGCUGACUAGCUACAGAACCACCAUGAGAUGAGAAAUUAUGGGUAUUGUAAUC